AUGAAAAAUCCCCAAGACAAUCCUGGCACUCCACCACCUGUUUCACCCAACACCUCAUCUUCCACACCACCAGUCGAAAACCCAAAACCUAGAUUCCAUCGCCAGAAGAUGCUAGCAAGAAAAACUGUAGCUACAGGUUCUUUGAGAAAAACUUUGAAUGAAAAACUUCAGUCCAGUCAAAAGAAAGCAAGCCCAGCAGCUGAGACCAACUCUAGCUCUGAAUCUGAUGAUUACAUCUCCACUAGUGAAGGAGAUGAACCUGGGUCUUCUGAACAGGCCAAAACUCAAGAAACCCAAAGAGAGGUAAACUCUUGCUAUGUUUUUUCUGAUGUAGUUGAAAGGGAGGAAAAUCGAUUUGUUCUGAUAGGGGCUGCUAGAGAUGUAGGUGGGACUGAUUCUGGGAAAAUGAGGAAGAAAAAGAAGAAGGAACCUUUAGCCAUAUGUGGGGGUGGGGAAGAAGGAGUCUCGAAGUCAGGGGAAGUGGUUCAGAAAGUGGGGGCCAGCUAUGACCCAAAGAAACGCAAGGCUUCCUCACAAAAGACCCCUGCUGCAUCCAAACCAACCAAGAAAAGCAAACAAUCACCACCCAAGUCUACUCCUAGGAUUAGAGCUACUAGAAGUAGGGAAGAAGAAGAGAUGGAACAGGUCCAUCUAGAAAGGAGUACUACUGUGGAAGUUCCCACUACCAAAUCAAAGGGAACCAGGACUUCUGCCAAGAAGCCCUCCAAGCCAGUACCUGCUGAACCUGUUCUUGCCAAGAGAACAAGGUCAGCUGCAAAAGGAAAACAAGUGAAAAUUGCUGAAGAAGAUGAUGAAUGGAGUGAGGAUGAAGGAGACGAGGCAGAGAAGGAACAGGACAGAUAUGCUAUGUUUGGCAAGAGGAAAAUUCGUGAAACGGGAGAC